AUGCCAGCAAACUCGCAAGAUGCUCUGCAAAAGAACAAAGAUCCUACCUUAAAUGAAAACAACCUCCCAGAACCGCCUCCCUUUGUUCAUGAUCAAUUCAUCCUCUUUGGAGACUCGAUCACGCAAAGUGAUGGAGAUCCCAUGCUUGGCUUCAGCUGUUGUCAAGCGCUUCAACACGAUUAUUCAAGACGCAUUGAUUUUGUAAAGCGUGGCUUCAGUGGCUACAAUACUGUCAACGCAUUGAGCAUACUACCUAAAAUCUUUCCUAAUCCUGAUCAAGGUCGCGUCCGCCUCGUUAGUAUCUUCUUUGGAGCCAACGACAUCUCCCUGCCAGACACAACAGGCCAACAUGUGCCUCUUCACGUGUUCAAGGAGAAUCUGCGACGCCUUGUCAAACACCCCAAGAUCCAGGUUCACGACAACGUCAAAAUACUGUUGAUCACGCCUCCCCCAAUUGACGAAUGGGGUUUCGAUAGGUGGGACGAACCUGGAAGGUCGGCGCGGACGGCCGUGACAGCACGAGAAUAUGCCGAGGAAGUCAGGAGAGUUGGUGACGAGAUGGGUGUGGCCGUUGUGGAUCUGUGGGGCGCAUGCAUGGAGGAAGCAACCGUGGGGUGGAACGCCCCAUGUCGAACCGAACGCGGGGUCGAUAUUCUGAUGCCCGGCGAUAAGCGCGCGGAGAGAAACGAGGUUCUGGCACGACUGUUACACGACGGCCUACAUCUAAGCGGAGAUGGAUACAAGAUUUUGUACCACGAGUUCAAAAAGACCAUCGUGGAAGCGCAUCCUGAGCUUCGCCCGUCCAAUAUACCGGUAGCGUUGGAGCCUUUCUUCCCGGAGUGGUUCGAGAACAACGCGCCCUGGUAG